UCUGCUCUGCUCUAACCUAACCUAAUCUAAUCCAAUGUAAUCUAAUAAAACCAAACUUGGUCUUGUCUCUUGGCGCAGAGGAGAGGAAGCCGAGCCAAUGUUGGAUUGCAAUCAGGGCAGGCAGCCCCUAUUUUAGCGGAUUCUUCAGUUAAUCAGUUCUAGAGGAGGAGGAGGAGAAGGAGAAGAGAAGAAUUGGGUGGCGCCCAAGGUAAGGAAGCUGCUUUCGUCAAGUCGCUGGAUGGUGGGCCCUCGACCGCCACUAUUCCCAUGGUGGGCCCGCAGGACAGCGAGGGAAACGAGAGAAUCAUUUGAUAGAUGAGCAAGCAGCAAGGAGCAAGAUCCAUCCAAAUCGCUGCUUUGCUUUUUUGCUUCGCUCCCCCCUACACUUAAUUGGCUAGGAGGAGUGCUUCUGCUUCUUAUUCGUCCUCCGCUGCCGCCGCAUCGGAUCCAUCGAAUCCGUAAGGUUCCGCGUUUCGCUCACAGACUCGCUUGCUCAUCGUCGCUUCACAAAUCAAAUCAAACCAGUGUUACAUGAUAUAUACCUUUCAACAUCGUGAUAUGAUCUUUUGAGUCAAGAUGGGCCCCAAGGAACAAACUGAAGCCACCAGCUCACCUACUUCGGAUGACCAUCACGUACCAGGCAUCCCUAGUGUAUCAAGCUGCAGCACCGAUAAGGAUUCUGGCCUUUUGCUUUGCCGAGUCUGUCAUUGUGUCGAACCUGAUCUGAGAGGCGAGUCCGCCCUCGUUUUCUUGGGCAUUGUGCCACCUUCGCGAAAGCCUUCAUGUCCAAUGGCUGACAUUGACGCGAGUAAUGAUGCUACCAAAACUUCCACCAGCAAGGUUGUCACUGGUCCAAAGGGUGGCACAAAAAAUGCUCCCAGAUUUGUUGAGUUUAUAAGCCCUGAGGGGGAUAUAUUCGUGUGCGCUACUGACUUGGAAUCAGGACCUUUGCAACAACAAGAUGAUCUUGUGGAUCUAGGAUGUUCUUGCAAGAACGAGCUGGCCCUUGCGCAUUAUGCCUGUGCACUGAAGUGGUUCAUCAGCCAUGGAUCCACCAUAUGCGAGAUAUGUGGAAAUGUUGCUGCAAAUGUAAGGCCUGCAGAUUUCAAUAAGGUUCUCGCAUCCUUGAAGGAUUAUGAGGCUCUGAGGGAAAGGACAUCUACAGGGGAACUUUCAUACUUGCAGUAUGGGGCAGAUACCAGUGUUGACCCAGAUGCUGUUGCAGCAAUACGUAGGCAACGGCUUAGUGAGAUAUCAUCUUGGUUUAAUCCUCAUAACUCUCAUGUGGCUGUUUCUCAAGGGCACGUUGAACAACCGGCAAUCAGUCCGAGUAAUAAUUCUGUUCUAGAACAAAGUGUUGUGGCAGCGAGGGCAGUGCAUACAAGAUGGAGUUUGGAGAGUACUGGAGUUUUUGUUGCUAUUGGCCUAGCUGUCAUGGUUCUUGUAUGGUUGGUUGCUCCACAUUUUGGCAAGAAAACUGCUGUAAUUGGUCUUCAUCUGCUUCUUGGAGGUUUAUGCGCGUUGACCAUAAUAAUAUCCCUGAGAUUUGUUUUCCCAAGAAUCCAGUAUGGGUCUAUGCAAUAUUGGGCAAUCUUGUUCAUGUCCUGGUUCCUUGUCUUUGGUGUUUGGGCUUCUCGAACUCGCAGCAUACGUUCCUCUUGAGCAUAGAAUCUAUCCUCAGUCAUUGUGACAAACUAGGAUUGCUUUGCCGCUGCAGUGUUAGGUAUUUUCAUCCUUGUGUAUAUUCAUCCUAUAUCAUGCUUGCCUUUUCUGAAUUGGUUUAUUUAAGAUGUAUAUGUUUGACCCAAGAAAAGAUGAAGAGUAUGUUACUGGGUGUAGAGUAAAUAUUUUUACUCGUUUGAGAUUAAA